GCCUAGGGGAGUAGAUCAGCAGAAUCGAAUCACCUUCACGGCUUCGCCUUCGCCUUCGUCUUUUCUUGCCUUCGCCUGCGUCUCUUCUCUCAGGUGGUCGGCUGAAGCUCGCUCUUUCUCGCCUCUCUCUCACCCUCACCAAGUCACCGUCGUCUCUUCUCUGCUCAGCUCGCUGCCUAGCCGUCGCUCGUCUGACUUCACCUUCGUCUCUGCUCAGCUCGCUCUCGCCUCACUUCACCUUCGUCUUCUCGGCCUUGGGUCUAGGCCAGGCGCCUUCAUCUUUCUCUCGCUGUCGUCACUCAGUCCUUCCACUAAAGAAUGGAGGAGAGCGGAGGAGAUAUGUAGUUUAUUGAAGCCCUUUGAUAUAAAUCAUAAUCCCACCACAAUACCAUGGCUCGACCUUUGACCGAUGGAGGGGAGCUGCUGUUGAGGUCAUAACUCGUAAUAAUAAUGGGAGGAAAUGUUGCCGGAGUUGGAGAGAUUCGAUGGAGAAGACAUGGUGACCUCGUUGAUAGUGGAGGGGCAUCCAUGUGUUUGAAGGGUUGACAGAAGCUGAAAGUUAUUGUAAUAGGAGGGAGAAGAAGUAGUUGAAGGGACUGUUAGUGUUUUGCUGGAGCCUUGAAGAGUUUGAAGCUCCAGAACCUUUUUUGUUGAGCAAGUAAUGGCUUGGAGGUCUUGCUCCCGCGCUAGCUUCCUCUCAUGUAUUCUAAGGUCUGCAAAAUCACAAUGGCUACCAGUAUCCAAAGGCCAGAAACACUUUAUGAAUCCUAUUGCUUUACGGAGUUGUUGUGAUAAUGGGUCUCUGUUGAAUUUUCAAGGAUUGAGAUCAUAUGCUCGUGGUGGACCCAGAAAAUAUGAUCUCUUUGGAAGUGGAAUACCAGGGGGCAAAGAGUUCAGAGAAGCUUGGGCCAAAGAGAUGGAAGAAGAUAACACUCUGUGGACUGGAAGUGAGGAUGAAAGUGAUGGAGAAAAGGACUCGGAAAGUCGUCUCAAAAAAGAAAUUCGGAAAGUAAGACAGCAAGCUAAAGAGCAUUCAGACCUGAUUGAUGCUGAUGACAGUGAUGAGCUAAGAAGUGUUUGGUCUGGCAGUGAUGAAGAGAAGACACUAUGGACUGGUGAUGAAAUGGAUAGUGAUGAUGAUAUUCCCACAGAACCUUACCCAAACGAAAGCAGUGACAAAUACAUAGAUAAAUUAUUCGAGUUCGAAGAAAUGCCAAAGUAUCGGACAAUUUCAGAGUUGCUGAAAUCUGAACAAGAACCUGAGGAGCUGUCCCCAGGGAAAAAAGCAAGGAAGCUUGCAGUUGAGAAUGCUUUGAAGAAAUUAAAGAAGGGUCCUGAUGGGCGAUACACUAAUGUGUGGGAGGUCAUGAGUGAUAUUGACAUUCUAAUUGGAGCAUUUGAGAAUGUUGUUUCAGGACCAGAGUACGCAGAGCUGAGACAAGGAGGGCCUAAGAAACUGAAUAUUCAGUUCUUCAAGGAUAUACAAGCACGCAUGAGAGAUCCAAAUUACAAGUUUUCACCAGAGUUAAAAUUGAAGCCAAAGAGUAAACUGGUUUCCAGAAAGAAGUGGCAAAAGGCACAAUCUAGGAGGAGGAAAGCACAAAAAAGAUAAGUUAUUGUCUCGAGAUAAAGUCAAGUUGCUUGUAUGAUGUUCGUAUCAAUAUCAUGUUAAACUAAAUGACAAAAGAACCAACAUCAAUUAUUUUGACAACACAAUACUUAAAAAAUCAUCAAUCUUUUGGGAAAUAA